CCCUAGACUCUUUAUGUGACGAUAAAGAAUUUGGUCUUGGAAAUGAAAAGGAUGAGGCUGUAGGUUUCUGCCCAAAGGACACGGUUGGAAACAGGACAGCGGUUUGUCGAAAAAGCAAAACAGGCAAUGGAACAUGGGAAAUACAGACGGACACCUGCAUCCUACAACCACUUCAAGAGCUGCUUGUGCAGUCUCAGUAUUUGACCAGCAAUUCACUGCCAGCAUUCUUGAAAGUACUCAGCGACACCACUACUAACUUCAGUCAGGCCGUGGUUGGCUCUCCUGCAAACAUUGUUGCCACUGUUGAAAUACUCAACAAAAUAGCCAACUUGAGUAACCCAAUAACUGAAACUUUAAUGAAGGACAUCCUUUUAGUUGCAGGUGUUCUCACCGGAGAUGGAGCAAUAACAUCAUGGAACUCUCUAAACAACAACCCCCAAACCAUCGCAGUAACAAGUACCAGCCCCCCAGCUAACAGCAUCAGCUCAGAACUAUUGCAGUCUCUUGAGACAAUAACAACACGCCUUACCAAUGAAUCUUUUAACAUUGAAACACCGUCGAUUCUGUUGAACAAAACCAUACUCACAAAGAAUUUUAAUGCUGACUUUGCAUUCUCGAAUUCUUCCGUGGGGGUAGUCAUACCUGACUCUGAGGGAGGACAGAGGUCCAUCACUGUGCUAUCAUUUGCCUCAAUGGAUAACGUACUCCCUCCGCGAGAUAUAAACAACUUAAAAGGCAAUGUCAUCAAUGGGAGAGUUGUGCUUGUUUAUUCCAAUGGAAGCGUCAAUAAUGUUUCAUUCAAAUUUGCUAUCAAAAACAAUAACCUGGUGAACCCUCAGUGUGUCUUCUGGAAUUUCAGCCUCUUUAACAGUUCUGGGGGAUGGGACAACAAGGGCUGUAAAUUGGUACGCAGCAUAAACAAAACCGUCACCUGCAACUGCAACCACCUGACGUCGUUCUCUAUCCUCAUGUCACCCUACAGUCCUGAAAGCAUCGUGUUGAAUUAUAUCACCUACAUUGGAGUUUCCAUAUCCAUUGCUUCCUUGGUCAUAUGCCUGAUAAUUGAAGCUGUCAUAUGGAAGAAAAUAAGGAGAAACAACACAUCUUACUUGCGUCAUGUUUCCAUUGUUAAUAUUGCUCUGUCUCUCCUGAUUGCCAACAUUUGGUUUAUUAUUGGGGCGGCUAUUUCAGAUGCAAAACAGACCAACCUACCAGCAUGCAAUGCAGCUACAUUUUUUAUCCAUUUUUUCUACCUGGCCCUGUUUUUCUGGAUGUUGGCCUCAGCUCUGCUGUUACUCUACCGCACGGUCAAUGUCUUUGACGGGGGAUUGUCCAAAACAUCUAUGUUGGCUUUUGGAUUCAUUCUGGGCUACGGGGCUCCUCUUAUCAUCGUGAUCAUAACUAUUGCUGUAACUGCACCCAAGACAACAUACAUCUCUACUGGAGUAUGCUGGCUCAACUGGGACCAAUCCAAAGCUUUACUGGCCUUUGUGAUCCCUGCACUGGUCAUAGUGGGGAUAAACCUUGUGAUCCUGUUGGUGGUGAUAUUCAAAAUGUUGAGGAGAAGGUCAAUGCGAGAUGCUGCACAAGCAGCUGAGAGGCAUGUUCUGGUUAUCAUUGCCAGGACUUUGGCUGUCCUCACACCAAUCUUUGGAUUAACUUGGGGUCUGGGAGUCGGAACCUUGACCAGCCCAGACAAUAUAGGAAUCCAUAUUGCAUUUGCAUUUUUUAAUUCACUGCAGGGUUUCUUUGUACUGGUGUUUGGAACACUGCUGGACAAAAAGGUGCGGUCUGAACUAACAAUGAAGUCACAAAGUUCCAGACCCGGGACGGGGAGCACCAGCGCUGGAAUCUCAAGUAGAUUUGAUAUUUUCCGGAACUGGAGAAAAGCAAGAGAUGGUUACAACAUGUCAUCUUCUGCCUCCGGUGGACCUCACUCCGCCGCCAACAAUGGAUGAUCUCUGCAGACAGAAUGACGACCAACCCAGCAGCUGUUCUGUGUUUUUUCUUUUUACCCUUAUUGCAGCCAGAGUUAGAAGUAGGAUAAAGUAUUGAUGUACGAUUUGAAGUAUAUUGUUACAUCCAAGAGAACCAGGCUUGACUUUUGUAGUAACAAAAUUCAAACAGUAAUCAUUUUGAAUUUUGGCAAAAAGAGUUUGAUUGUACAAAGAGCACAUAGAGAGGAUAGAUCUGAUCUUAUGUCUUGUAAAAGUGUGUGUGUGUGUGUGUGUGUGUGUGUGUGUGUGUGUGUGUGUGUGUGUGUCUUUUUAGUAAGUAACAUACAGUAUAUUGAAAGAUUACACUUAGGCACUUAUUUAAAAUAAAACAGACACUGCUUUGUUUUGACAUAUGAAAGUAUUCAUCACAUAAUUUUCAAGAAACUAAAUGUCCAGAGUCAUGCAAAAUGACUCUUGGCUUGGGUUUACUUUGCCAAUCAAAUCAGUUAGCCAAGGCAAGGCUGUCCUCCACGGAUCAGUGGACUUGUUUACUCAAGGUGUGGCAUCACAAUGACAAAUUGACUUAGACAGGACAAUCAGUCAAAUAUCCCAUACAGGUAAAGGAAGUACCAGGAAAUACCCAAAGAAUAUAUAAAAAGAUCCAUUCUUUAACAAGAAACCCCUGCUCAUAUUUCUUUUUGCACGUAAAAUCAGCCACGUCCCACUCUUGUCCUCCCAGAUCUUAACAUAGUUCUGUGUUCCAUUCAAGUGAAGGAGAAAGAUGCCAAACCUUUUGACUGGUACUGGUCUUGUUUUGGACAAGUCCUCCAAACCAUACAGUGAUACUGGUCCUUUAUUACUACCCUCUACUAUGACGAUACGCUGAACCUCUGUUUGUAUGUUAACGUGUUACUGUCAUAAAGUAAGACCACAGUGUGUGUGUAUGUGUGUGUGUACACAGGUCAAAUACUACUUGACUUUCAGUGUGUAUUUUGUGCAGCAGCAUACUGUAGCAUAAAACUCAACAGGAGCCCAGUCUGUUUGGGAUAUGGAUGUUAAAAUGUUUUGAAAAACCCAAACAGCGGCUCUUCUUCCUCCGCACGAGGCUCCACAUGGAGUCCAGGAUGUGUUCAGUCUCAGGCUGAGGCGGGUUUCACAGCCAUGUCAGUAUUUAUGCGCACAAGAGCUUGGAAAUACUGUUGUUACAUUUUGUCAUUUUACUAAGGUGGAUUGUCUGAAUGAAGGAUUUCAAAACUUCCAGAAUGAGUUCUGUUCAAGACAUGUAAGGGAAAUUUCAUGUCAUGCAUAACAAGAACACAGUUCAUUGUGUUUAACAUUUAUUACAUUGAUAGUUUUACCCAUUAAAUAAUUUUGGAAAAAUGUUGAUAUUAAUAUUAACAUUGAGGUAUAAUGUAUUGCUAGCCCUAAGAGCAUUUGUUCAUUUGGGAAGAAGUGCGCAGAUACCUUGUUAAUGUGCUGGAACCUUUGUUGAUCAGAGUUAUGUUGCUAUAUAUACAUAGAUAGUAUAGCUUGGCAGUGAAACCAAAGCAAAUAAGAUCAUUGAUAUUCAGCACACUUAUGCAAAACAAGUGUUUCACAAGCACCUGGCCCACUCCUAAUAUACUUCCACCCAGGACAUCACGGUCUACAGCAAAUACCAAACUCAAGUUAUUUACUGCAUGUGGAGAAAUUACA